AUGAAGUAUUUAGCACUUGUUACAGUCUUGAGUGCCGUGCUAUCUCCUGUGUUGGCACAGGUUCCGGUUUAUGGACAAUGCGGUGGGGUAACUUAUACAGGAUCAACAACAUGUGCAAGCGGAUCCACCUGCAUCAAAUAUAGUGACUACUACUAUCAAUGCGUUCCUGGCACCGCAACAACUACCGCAGCUCCAGUAACAACUACCACGCGAGUUACCACUACUACAGUUCCAGUAACCACAACUUCCCAAGGGGGUUCUUCACCCACUGCUUCUGGUGUAGUGACGAGAUCUGGGACAACAUUCAUGCUGAACGGAAAGAAGUUUUAUUUCGUUGGAUCAAAUGCAUACUGGCUUCCUAUGCUUGCGAGUACAGUAGAUGUUGAUAAGGCUCUUGAUGAUUUUAAGGCUUCUGGAAUGGAUGUUCUUCGUAUAUGGGGAUUUGCAGACCUCACCAGUAGCUCUGGUACUCAAACGGCAUUUCAGGUCUGGAGCGGCAGCACUCCUACAAUCAAUACUGGAGCCAAUGGACUCCAAAGACUUGACUACAUCGUUGCUGCAGCAAGAGCUCGAAACAUUCGCCUUGUGAUUCCGCUCGUCAACAACUGGCAAGAUUACGGCGGUAUGGACAGAUAUGUCCAAUCAAUGUUGGGAUCUGGAGGCCUACAUGAUGACUUCUACACAAAUGCGAACAUCAAGGCUGCCUAUAAGAAUUAUGUUAAAGCUGUGGUUACAAGAUACAGUUCGAGUGAACCUGCAAUAUUUGCUUGGCAAUUAACGAAUGAGCUUCGCUGUAAAGGGACUCUUACGGCGAGUUCAUCUUGUAACGCCGCAACACUUACGAAUUGGGUAAACGAGAUGUCCACAUAUAUCAAGUCACUUGACCCGACCCACAUGGUUUCUGUUGGUGAUGAAGGCUUCUUCAAUCGUGCAGGAAACUCUGAAUGGGAGUAUGGCGGUGGAGAAGGGGUUGAUAAUGAAGCUUACCUCAGGUUGGCUAAUGUCGACUACGGAACUUUCCAUCUCUAUGUUAGUUCUUGGAGCAAGACUUAUGCAUGGGGUGAUCAAUGGAUCAAAGACCAUGCUGCUGUCGCAACAUCUGUAGGGAAGCCCAUGGUUUUCGAGGAAUAUGGCGUUCCACGCUCAAGUGGUCAGCGUUUGACCGUCAUCCGCACCUGGCAUGAUAUUGUUCUCGCAAACGCAAUUGCUGGUGACAUCUGGCAAUUUGGGACUGUUCUCCCGAGCGCUGGAAGGACCCACGAUGAUACCAAUACCAUUUUCACGGAUGACGCUGAGUAUAACGAACUUGUGGUACAGUAUGUUCCACGAAUGGAGGCGAAGAACGCAUGA